UCCUGAUGAAGAAACAAGUGGAGCUGAAAGUCAGAGUGUGUCAGGUGGAGGAAGGGGCGGAGUCUGUGCUUUGUCCUCGCCUGAAUGGUCACGGUGCUGUUACGCGAUACUACAGCUCCGACUCAAAGGAUGACCUGCACGUUAGAUACCUGGACGGAGAAGACAGCGGUAUUGUCGUCGUUGGAAUAAAUCGACCAAAAGAAAAUGCCAUAAACAAAAAUCUUGUGAAAAUGAUGUUUGAAGCUGUGGAGGACAUCAAGAAGAAUAAAAAAGUGCGCAGUGUAAUUUUAUGUAGUUUGGUUCCUGGUAUAUUUUGUGCAGGUGCAGAUCUGAAGGAGAGGGCCAAGAUGCACCAGAGCGAAGUGGGACCAUUUGUAUCCAAAGCACGAGCCCUUAUUACAGAGCUAGGAAACCUGCCAGUACCAACAAUUGCUGCAAUUGAUGGUGCUGCCUUAGGAGGAGGCUUGGAAAUGGCCCUUGCUUGUGACAUCAGAAUUUCCUCCAAUACUGCCAAAAUGGGACUAGUUGAGACUAAACUUGCAAUUAUUCCUGGAGCAGGUGGUACACAACGUCUCCCUAGGGUGAUUGGCGUCUCUCUUGCCAAGGAGCUCAUCUUUGCUGCACGAGUGGUUGAUGGAACACAGGCGCAACAAAUGGGUCUUGUCAGUCAUUCUGUGGAGCAGAAUAACAGUGGAGAUGCUGCCUACUUGAGGGCUCUGGAGCUUGCACGGGAGAUUAACCCCCAGGGCCCAAUUGCAAUAAGGAUGGCAAAGUUGGCAAUUAACCAGGGGAUAGAGGUGGAUUCUACAGGUCUGGCAAUAGAAGAGGCUUGUUAUUCCCAGGUGAUACCAACCAAAGACCGUUUGGAAGGCUUGUCUGCUUUCAAGGAGAAGAGGCAGCCUCAGUACAAAGGGGAAUGAAGUCAUCGUUCCAGAAUCGAUCAGUUCUGCCUUCAGCUCUGCUGCUGUUCCACUGCUUCCAACAUAAAUUAUGGGUCAGACUAAAC